AUGCCGCCGCGCCACGACCUCACACGAGAGCCCUGCCCCGGGCGCAUUCUUGAGGACCUCGGCGGCGCUUUCGGCAUGGGAGCUCUCGGCGGCUUUCUGUGGCAUUUCGCCAAGGGGUGGCGAAACUCUCCCAAAUACGAGAAGUUCGCAGGGGGUAUGCUCUCCGGGUCCAUGAAAUCGCCCCUCGUUGGGUCCUCCUUCGCGGUCUGGGGAGGCCUGUACGCGACGUUUGACUGUUCACUCAUCUACUUGCGCGGCGGCAAGGAAGACAGCUGGAACCCCGUCCUCAGCGGAGCUCUCACGGGAGGCGUUCUCAGCAUGCGAAGCGGCUGGAGAAGCUGUAUGAAAAACGCCGCUAUCGGAGGCGUUCUCCUCGGAAUCAUCGAGGUUGUGCAACUCGCCUUUCAGCGCUCGACAGGCGAAGGGCCGACGCCGCGACAGCAGUAUCGGCAGUACUUGGAGAUGGAGCAAGCAGAGAGGCGCGCACAAGCACAGGCGGGGUCUUCGCCUUCUUUCUUUAAACGUUUCUUCACUCCUGGAGGAACGCCGGGAAGCUCGAGCAGCGCCAGUGGCGGAGGCACAGACUCGGGAGCCUCGGAGUUUUUGCCGGAGAAGCCCGACGCGCCGUCUGUCUAA